GCAAGCAAUGCGGACAUAAUCCAGGAAAAAUCAAAAUUUGACAUAGAAUAAGCGCCCAAAAAACCCACUCAAUUCUCUAAUUGGCGCCAAAACAGUCUCCCACCUUCUCCGCCAUUUUCAAUUUCCCGCGAACUCUCUUUCUCUCUUUUUCACCAUUUUUAUACUCUCCUUCCUCUUUUUCUUCAGAUCCAUUUCUUCUACUUUCUCUCUCCUCAUCUCACUUCACUUCCUCUCUUUCUCUCUCUAAACUCACGCCAACUUCUCUCUCUUCUACAAUCUCCCUAACAAUGCCGACAAUCGCCGAUCGCGCCACGUCAGCAUUUCCCGGCGCAACGCCGCCGAAGAGACGGCUCAGGUCAAACUCUACGCCGGAGGAUGAUAUUCCGGCGACACCUCCGCCGAAGUGGAAAUCUCCUCGUCGUUGUAAAAACAGUAGUCCGAAAUCUCCUUCAAAUGUCAGUUUUAGGGGAAUUGAGAAGGAAUUUAGCGAAAAGCUUGAUACCUCGAGCCGAUCUCCGUUGAAGAAAUCGUCUGAUAAUUUAUUUGCUAAACCUAAAUGGAAUCCAAGAGAUUUUGAGCAAAUGAGAGUUGUGAAAGAAGCAUUGCAUGUGUCGACCUCACCGUCAAGUGUGGUGUGUAGAGAAGAUGAAUCAAGGAAGGUUCUAGAAUUUUGCAAGACCAGUGUGGAGAGUCAGAAAGCAGGGAGUUUAUAUAUAUGUGGAUGCCCUGGGACUGGAAAGACUAUGGUUAUGGAUAAGGUUAAGCAAUCUUUGCUUAGCUGGUCAAACGAGGCAGAUAUUGAGCAACCGGAUGUCGUAUUUAUGAAUUGUACUUCUCUAUCAAAGUCCUCUGAUAUCUUUACCAAGAUACUUCAAAAUGUUCAACCAAGGAAGAAGAUUAGUGGCUCAACUACUGCUCUAAAGCACAUACAAAACCUUUAUGCCCAAGAUGGAAAUCUAGGCAACAAAAUGAUGUUGUUAAUUAUUGAUGAGCUGGAUUAUCUAAUUACUAAGGAUCGUGAAGUACUUCACGAACUUUUUAUGCUCACUGCACUGCCAUUCUCUAGAUGUAUAUUAAUAGGCAUUGCCAAUGCAAUAGAUCUAGCAGACCGAUUUCUUCCUCGACUGCAAUCACUGAACUGUAAACCUUCUGUUUUGACAUUCCGGGCUUACUCAAAGGACCAAAUACAAAUGAUUCUUCAGGAGCGGCUUGUGGCACUUCCUUACACAGUCUUUCAGCCACAAACCUUGGAACUUUGUGCAAGAAAAGUUGCAGCUGCAUCAGGAGACAUGAGGAAAGCUUUAAGUGUUUGCAGAUGUGCAAUUGAAAUUCUAGAAUCAGAGAUAAAGGAGAAAGCAAGUAAUCUUGAUAAUUUUUCUAGUGAGAAUGGAUCUUCUGACCAAGAAAAUGUUCCAGCUACCCCUGUCCUCUGGGAGAUCGACAUUGUACAAAUACAUCAUAUGGCAGUUGCUUUGUCAAAGACCUAUAGAUCCCCUGUAGUGGAGACCAUACAGUCUCUUCCUCAACAUCAACAGAUCAUUCUUUGCUCGGCAGUCAAGCUUUUCCGUGAGGGGAAAAAAGAGUCUAUUGUUGGAGAGCUGAAUAAAUCAUAUGAAGCCAUAUGCAAAUCUGCUAAACUGAGGUCUGUAGGGAUCAUGGAGCUGUCAAGUAUGUGCAAAGCGUUGAAUGACCAGGGACUGCUGAAGCUUGUUCGGUCUCAGAAAGGAGAAAAACUAUCUUUGAAAGUCGAUGCAUCAGAUAUUACCUUUGCACUGCAGGGAGUUCGUUUAUUCCGCAACUGUCUCCAAUAAUUAAAUCAAAUUCUGUCAGUGUCCUAUAUAGUCGAAAAAUCUAACACAGCUUGAAGGUCCUCAAAAUUUUGAAGUUUUCAGAUCUUCACAGGUUGCGGGAUUCACCAUCCAUAGAUCAUAUGGUCUGUGGAGAUAGAGUUAUACGGCGGCUUAAUAGCAGGCCCCAGCAGAAAGGAUCAUCUUAGGUGCAGAUGCAUUGGAAACUAAUUAUACAACAUAUAGCAUUUAUAUACUAAACUAUAUCACAUGUAGAAGAAUAAUAAGAAAGUACGAAUGAAUUAGCCCAACUGAAAUUUUGCACUUAACCUGCUCAUACAAUUUAUUUGUAUGUCAAUAAAUAUGAACAUUAUUGGUAACCAUUAGCCAUACAUGGACUGCAGAUGCACCAAAAAAAUUUACUCUGCAGAACUCUGUGUAUGUUCUUGAAUACAGUGUGCUGAUAAACGGUUUUGGAACCUUGAGGAUAAUGUUGUACAAAAUAUUGUUAGUCAUUGCAGUAUCAGUCUCUAUGGGAUGUGCUAUGAUGCCUAUGAUUGCCAGUAAUCUGGUUAAAAAAACAUUUCAUCUAUCUGAAAAUGAAAUAACUGAGAUACUUAUGAACCUCGUGAACAGCAAUGUGCAAAACACUGUAUUAUGGUGAUGUUCAUGAAU